ACGGCUAGAGGGAAAGGGAGGCGAGGGCCGCCCCAAGACUAACCUAUGGAUUCCUCGCCGCCUAGUGAUGACGCAUGAUCGGCGCCUGGUGAUGACGCGAGAUCGGCGCCAGUUCAGCUCUGGUCUCUGUAGGGAUCACAGAGAGGCGAGAUCCAGGGUCCGGGCGGUGUUGGCUGCGGCUUCUGACUGACGCGGGUCCGAGUCUGGGUCGGGCGGCCAGGUAACAAUUUCAGGAUGCCAGAGAAUUCAGAUGAUUUUCCUUGGAUUUUUGUCAACAAUGUGGACAAUGCUCUCGGCAACCUGAAAAACUGUGAUGCUUACAUUAGUGCUGGAAUGCAAAGUGUCACUAACACUGCCCUGGAUCUUGUGGUAACUCAGACUGAUAUAGGUGAUGAUUACAAUAUGGAAAAUUUGAUGUCUGAAUAUGUUGAAAUGGAUCGAGAUCUGAACCAGUAUAUAACGGCAGUUGAAACUACCCUAAGUCAGGUAAAAGAUAAAGAUUACCUAAAUCUAACACCAGAUCUAAAAGCGUUAGUUGAAGAGAAAUUAGUGGCUUUGAAAAGUAGCAACACUGAAGACAACUUGAGAAAAGAUGUUAGACUUGUGCAGUUUCGCAAACAGCUGAGAGAUGUGAAGAAGCAAUGUGGACUCCCUAUAGACCCAACUGAUGAUGACUCAGAACAAAUAGAUGAAGAUAUGAUUGUGACCCAAAGUCAGACCAACUUCAUUUGCCCCAUUACUCAGUUGGAAAUGAAGAAACCAGUGAAAAAUAAAGUAUGUGGACACACCUAUGAAGAGGAAGCCAUUAGAAGAAUUGUUGAAUCGAAACACAAAAGAAAUAAAAAGGCCUGCUGCCCCACAGUUGGCUGUAGUCAUACAGAUGUAAAGUUGACAGAUCUUGUGCAAGAUGUGGUGCUCAGAAAAGCCAUCGAAAACCACAGAAGAAUGGCUGCCAGUCAGGGAAAACAGAGCCACUAGACGAUGCAGAUGUCUCCAGCUCACAUGCUCUCGUAGAAAGGAAAGUCUGUCAGUGUCCCCUGAGAUCACUCCCUUAUCGUAAGCUGACUAGAACAGGUUGCUUAUUCUAUUUCAUUUGCAGGUAAAAUUAAUGAUUUCAAACAUAAUCCAAAGUAUUUUUAACUGCCAAGUAAAAACAUUCAUUUAAAUUUUUCCUUUUUAAAACUUUGUGUUGUUAAAUAAAAUGAUUAUCUGUAACUUUUUUCUCUAUAGUUUUCUCAUUUGGUGAAUUUUUCAAAACAUGUAGACAUUCAUGUAAGUGGCUUUUUGUAUUUCAGAGUAUUUAAUAUUUAGGCUGUAUUGUGACCUUUAAUCCCUCAUCCCCUCAGUUCUUUCACAUCACCCCUGCAAUAACUGUUCUCUCCUCCCCUCUACAUCUUGACCUUUUGCUCUCCCACCAUUCUCUCUGCCUUUACUCCUACUCUACUUGAUACUGAACAAAGCUGGAGAAAACUAUGAAAAUGUGCCAACUAGGUCCAUUACAGAUUUAUGUUCUGUACUCUUAACCGGGUCCUCACUGCUGCUAGGCAAUCCUUUUAUACCUCUCACAUCUAUUUUUACUCCAUUUGCCGUGGCAGCCUUCAAACCUUUUUAUCCUGCCCCAAACCUCCCCUGCAUCCCUUCCCUUCACUCUCUAGCUCAAAACUUUGCCUUGUAUUUCACUGAAAAAACUGAGGCCAUUUACCAAUCUCCCUCUUAUCUCCUCCUCCUCCUCCUUGUCUCACAUCACUCACAUGCCUUCUGCCACAAUUUCCUGUUUCACCUGUCUCACUCAAAAAGGUGGCUCUUCUCUUUGACAAGGCUAAUACUUUUUCAUGCCCAGGUGUUCCUUUUCCAUCUCAUCUUCUGCAGCAGAUUUCCCCCUCUAUCACUAAUCUUCAGUUGAUCCCUGUCCACUAGCUGCUUCCCUGCUGCCUACAAUGCCCGUGUUUAAUGGCCUUUUCUCAGUCCUUAUCCUUCUCGACCUCUGUGAACCCACUUCUUCUCCUUGUCUUUAAUAUGUCCUUUGGUGAUCUCCUCAGUUCAAAUAGAUUCAAUUAUCACCUGUAUACAGAUGAUUCUUGGAUCUAUUUAUCCCACCUGAAUCUCUCUCCUAAUAUCCAUUUUCAAAUCUCCAGCUAUCGGACAUCUCAAACUGGAUAUCCUGUAGUUAUCUUCAACUCAGAAUGACACUCGACUCACUAUUUUUCCCCCAAAAUCCUCCCCUCUUCCACCCAUCUGGAGGAUGGCACUAUCACCCUCCCAGUCUCUCAGGCUUACAGCUUCAACUCCUCACUCUCUUACUUCACCUUAUUCAAUAUUGGAUCAAGUCCUAUCAAUUCCCACACUGACACUUCCACUUCCACAACACAGGCCUCGUUACCUCACACCUGGACAGUUACAAUAGCUGGUUGGUCUGCUUGCCACAAGUCUCUCCCCACUCCAAGCCAUCCUUCACUCAGGUUUCAAAUUGUUCUUUCCUUUUUUUUUUCUCUUUUUUAAAAAAAAUUAUUUUUCCCCAAUUACAUGUAAAAACAAUUUUUAACAUUCAUUUUUAAAUAUUUUUAUUUCUAAAUUCUCCCUCCUACCCUACUCUCCCCCUCAUUGAGAAGACAAGCAAUUUGAUAUAGGUUAUACAUGUGCCAUCAUGCAAAACAUAUUUCCAUAUUAAUCCUGUUGUGAAAGAAAAGACACACACACAAAAACACAAGAAAAAUAAAGUAAAAAAAAGUAUACUUGGAUCUGCAUUCCAACUCUUUCAGUUCUUUCUCUAGAGGUGGCUAACAUUUUUCAUUAUAAGUCUUUUGGAAUAUUGUAUUGCUGAGAAUAGCUAAGUCAUUCACAGCUGAUCAUCAUGCAAUAUUGUGUUCUCCUGAUUCUGCUCAUUUCACUUUGCAUCAGUUCACAUUAGUCUUUCCAGGUUUUUCUGAGAGCAUCCUGCUCAUCAUUUCUUACAGUACAAUAGUAUUCCAUCACAAUCAUAAACUACAACUUGCUCAGCCAUUCCCCAGCUGAUGGACAUCCCCUCAAUUUCUAAUUCUUUGCCACCACUAUAACUGCUAUAAAUAUUUUUGUACAAAUAGGUCCUUUUCCCUUUUUUUUAAUCUCGUUAGUAUACAGACCUAGUAGUGGCAAAUUGUUCUUCCUAGCACACAGGUCUGACUAUGUCAGCCUCCUCCCUGCUCAAUCAGCUCCAGUGGUUCCCCUCCAGGAUCACAUCCUCUGGCUCUUAGAGUCCCCCAUAACCAGGCUCCUUCCUCCCUUUCCAGUCUUCUUAACAUAUUGCUCCAUUCUGUAUACUCUGAGAUCCGGUAACUCUAGCCUUCUUGCUGUUCCUCACAUAAGACACUCUAUCUCCCAGCUCUGGACAUUUUCAUGGGCUCUCCCCCAUGCCUGGAAUUCUCUUCCUCUUCACUUUCUGGUUUCCUUGGUUUCUCUCCAGUUCCAGCUAAAAUUCCACCUUCUGCAAAAAGCCUUUCCUAAUCCCCCUUAAUGCUAAUGCCUUCCCUCAGUUGACUAUUCUGAUUUAUCCUAUUUAUAUCUUGUUUGUACGUAGUUGCUUGGAUGUUGUCUCCCCCAUUAGACUGUGAGCUCCUUGAGAGAAAGAAGCGAGAUUUUUUGCUUUUCUUUGUAUCCCUGUUGCUUAGUCCAGGGCCUACGAAAGUGUUUAAUAAAUAGUUGUUGACAAUCCAUUA